CUCUCUCUCUCUCUCUCUGAGUCAGAAAGCCUUUGGACUCGCUGCGCUCCGGGAUGUUUCACCAUGUAACCUCGCUAUUUGGAUUAUUUAUGUCUCCUAAACGCAAAACAAGGCAGCGACACAGUCUGUCAACACGGAGCGGGACAAUUUAACUCCUUUUUUAAAAUUCUUAUUAUUUCCUUUAAUCACCAUACCACACUUUGCGCCAAGGAGGGACAAAAAGUUAAACAUUUUUUUUCUGCCUCAGAUCAUGGAAUGAACCUUGAAGUGGAAUCGGACUACACUCGGAAAAUAUCAUCAUUUAUUACCACAAAAGGACAAACGACUCUACUCUAUGGACUUACACUACCCCUAUAAUAAUUAAUAGAAGUAAGAAGUAAGAAGUAAUACUGGAAAAGUCAUCAUGGUGAUAUUGUAAACGUCCUGCAGGGAAGCCGGAGUCGCUGCAGGAAUAUUAUAGGAAUAUUGCAGGAAUAUUGCAAGGGUUUCUCCUCGGGGCGGAGGGGAGGCUGGCCGUGCGGGGUCCAGCUGACAUCAGGGCGCAACAGAGCCGCAGAAGUCUCCAUAAAUGCGGCUGACCGUCGACCCACCAAGAGCGAUGAACAGCGGCGGGUCGGGCAACUUCCUGCUGGUUCCCAUCCCGGAGUAUCCCCUGCUGGACUGCGUGCCCAACAAAAAUGUCAAGAUUGUGGUGCUGGGGGCGAGCAACGUCGGCAAAACAGCUCUGAUCGUCAGGUUUCUGACCAAACGCUUCAUCGGGGAUUAUGAAGCCAACACCGGAGCCCUCUACUCCAGAAAGGUCACACUGGAGGGGGAGGAAGUGUCGCUUCAGGUCCAGGAUACACCCUGUGUCGCCCUGCAGGAUGACGCAGAGGGCCUGUACUGCCAGGAGCAGAUCAACAGGUCGAUCUACUGGGCAGACGGUUACGUCCUGGUUUUCUCCAUAACAGACCACAACAGCUACCGCACCAUCCAGCCGCUUUACCAGCACGUCAGACGCAUCCACCCGUCAGGAAAUAUACCGGUCAUACUGGUUGGCAACAAGAGCGACCUGCUGCGCGCCCGCCAGGUGCCAGCAGACGAAGGCGAGACGCUGGCGGCUUCACUAGGUGGAGGAGUUUACUUUGAGGCCUCGGCCAGAGAAAACCACGAGGGAGUUCACGCCGCCUUCCUACAUCUCUGUCAGGAGGUGAUCAGGGCGUUGGGAGGAGGGAACGGGGAGAAGAGGAGGGGAGGCCUCCACCUGGCCCGACCAAAAUCCCCCAACAUGCAGGAGCUGAAGAGGAGGUUCAGGCAGGUCCUGUCCUCCAAGGUGAAGUCAUCCACCACACUCUGAUCACAGGAAGAAAGACGCAGAAACACCGGCAACAUGCUGUCAAAAGGAUGUCAGUCUCCAUGGUUUAAUGGUGUUCUUGGACGUCUAGAACUGAUGGAAAAAACAUGGCCGAACUUCUCCAGAAUGUUUUAAUAAGCACAAGCAGUCGUGACUGGAUGGAUCGAUGGAUGGAUUGGUAUGGACGCAGAUGACAGUGUAUGAAACGCAAAGGAAAUGAGGGAGCGGAGCUUUCCAACGGCCAACCACUUCUCUGUGUUUUGAACGAGCCUCGUGGUCAAGACAACCUCUUCCCAGGAUUAAGUGCAACAAGGAUGGUUGGUUAUUGAAACAAAAAAAAUGCCAAAGACUCUUAUACAAACAGCUUUUGUGCUCUGUCAGAAACUUGGCAGGUUUUACCAAGAACGACGACGAGUGAGUCUGUUCAAGUCACUCAGAGGAUAAAACCUUCACAAAGAGUGCGACUUUGAAGACUGCCUUUGUAAUACUGAACUGAAUUUUUUGCACAAUCUAUAUCUGAAUUGUUCCAAUGCUUUAAAUCUUUCUAUUGUUUUUCUUGUCUGCUCCUUUUCAUUUACAUCUCCUCUUUAUGACUGCAAUUGGAUUUAAUAAGCAAAAUCAAUACGGAGUCAUAGCUUUCACCUGGAUUUGCCAGAUCUGUUUGUUCUCAUGUCUGCACAUGUUGUGUAACCUGAGAUUUCGCAUUUAUUGGUCUGAACGGACGGUUUUUAUGCCCCAUGGACCUUUCAUUUUGUGUUGGGCUCAUUGGAAAGUCUUUGAUUCUGUUCAGACCCAGUUGAUCUGAUCACAGGCAGACAGCCGAGACAGAUUGCUGUUCACAUGUGACGUUAUCAAGCCACAUGUGACCCCUCAUCAUUGGAUUUCCCUGUUGUCACAAUCUUCUGAAUGCUACCCACUUAUCAUAUUCCUUAUAUAUGGUCCAUUCAUGAAGCAGUCGUGCCAAACAUUUAUAUUUUUACGAAUACCCAAAGAAGACAACAAACUUCACUGAAAUUUGAGUUUCAUGCCAGCUGUCUACUCUAUCUAAUGUUCCUUCCACUGCUGAUCGGGUCACAUUAACGUUCACACCACAAAUGAUAUGUGACCUGAUACAUCGCUGACCACCUCCAAAUGUGAUUUGAUUGAUUGGAUCACAAGUAUCUCUUAAGACACAUUGAACCCCGUUCACACCUGUAUGUACAGCUGUCCGCCACUGAUUGGAUCACCCAUGACUUAACCCUUGACCUUAAAACCCAGUAUGAACACACUGUCAGGGGCAAAAAGUGGUUUCUUGGUACCAUGAAGUGUUAACCCAUUGGUUCCCAACCCAGUCUCCAAGGCCCUCCUGUCCUGCAGGUUUUUGUUCCAACUCUACUCCAGCACACUUGACCCAAUUAAGGCCCAUGCACCUUCAUGCAUGGCCUGUUCAGGUAGAUCUCUACCAACCAAUCAGCAUGAAGCCCUUAAACAGAUCAGGUUGGGAACCACUGUGUUAACUGCUUUAGUUUGGUUUGAUUGGCUAGGUGAGAAAGCUAUUAAAACUAAGGGGGCAACUCAGGCAGUUUAUUACGUCUGGACACCAAAACAAUAAACACAAUUUUUUACAAAUCA